AAAUUUUCGGGUGGUGAAGAAGAAAAUGCGGAUUCGUUGGCCUCCACUUGUUUCGGUGUUGUCGGGACUAGCGACCCUGCCGCCCUCGGCGACAGUCGCAGUAGUCACAAAGCCAAGCAUUGUAGAUUCAACCAUGGGGUCCAAUUAAAUUCAAUGCCAACAACGUUUGAGAAGUUGGAAGAACUCUAUCAUUUGGAGAACAAUUUGUGGUUCCACUCCUUGGAUUUGCCGUUGGAGUCACCGGAAACGUUGGAGUUCAGUCAGUUCAUCACACGAACGAAGUUGGUUGACUGGCCUUGGAAGUCCGAUAAUCGUGACUAUUUCGAACUCAUAGAGCAUCUGGAACACCAACUGAAUGAACAAUUGAUUCAUCUGAAUCGGCUUCCAGUGAAAAUACAUGACAUGCAACCUGAAUCGCUCGCUGUCCGACAGACAAGGCGCGCCAUGGUCAUCAGCAGCUGUAUGGAAGCGGCCUAUCAGGCUCUCGCCCUUUCUCAACCCGAUUGGGCACCGACAAGUCACACUUGUCAAAUUGAUGAAAAAGCCAAAGUGGAGACGUUUUUAAAACGAUUAUACCCGAGUGNAAUAUGGGAACCAACAUCUGAAUUAGAUGAAGACUUAUUCGAUGAAGUUAACGAAACGGUCCUCGACGAUGAAGGUUGUGUACGGUAUCGUAUCAGGGCGGAGUUGGCUUGGCAAAUUCGCGUUCCUCAUCCACUUCGACCGGUGUCGUUUGUAGUGAAAGUCGAUUCAUUUAGCCCAACAGCAACGAAGGGCGAGACAGAUGAUAAUCUGUUAAUUCCAAUCGAAAGCCUCCCACCAAGUCAGGACUUCCAUGCAGGUUACAGUUUGACUUGCCGCAAACCCACCAGGCUCGAUUGA